AUGCUGAAGUUGGACUUUCCAUAUCUAGGCAGCAGCUGCAAAAACUUCGCUGGAGCAUCCAGAUCUAAUCUGGAGCUUUCACAUCUUGACUCUUUCCCUUUCUCUCUCUCUCUCUCUCUCUCUCUCUCUCUCUCUCUCUCAUCUCUCUCACUCUCUCUUUCUCUGUCUGUCUCUCUCUCUGUCUCUCACACUCUCUCUCUGUCUCUAUCUGUCUCUCUCACACUCUCUAUUUCUCUCACUCUCUCUCGCUGUCUCUCUCUCACUCUCUCUCUCUGUCUGUCUCUCUCUCUCACUCUCUCUCUGUCUCUGUCUCUCUCUAUCUCUGUCUCUCUCUCACUCUCUCUUUCUCUGUCUGUGUCUCUCACACUCUCUCUCUCUGUCUCUGUCUCUCUGUCUCUCUGUCUCUCUCUCACUCUUUGUCUGUCUAUCUCUCUGUCUCUCUCUGUCUCUCUCUCACUCUCUAUCUCUCUCACUCUCUCUCGCUGUCUCUCUCCCACACUCUCUCUCUGUCUCUGUCUCUCACUCACUCUCACACACUCUCUCUCUGUCUCUCUCAAGAAGAUUAGUUCGCUGUUUAGGAAUUCCUGUUCUUUUAUUCUCUCUCUCUCUCUCUCUCUCUCUCUCUCUCUCUCUCCAAGUGAAAUAAAACUAAUUUACUCAAUCUAUCUUCAUGUCGAGAACAAGCAGCAGCUAUCUCCCUUUUCUCUUUUUACUUUUCUUCCUCACUCAGCCUUAACUCUUCAACCCUGUUUCACCUCAGUUCUUCCAUGUUCCCUGUACCUGUGCAUACAACUGGCACGAGACUAUAGCAGAUGUUGCCAAAGGACUAUGGUUCUUUCUUAUGUCAUCAAAUGUUCGAUAGCGGAAAAACAGAAAGAACAAACCCAAUAUGGCGUGUCUCCUUCUUACGAACGAUGA